AUGAGUUUUCAUUAAUUAAAGCUGGUUAAAGAAGUUACAUGUCUCUAUUUUAGUCGUAAGAAUAAUUGUUUUAUAUCUGGAAGUCGAGAUAAGACACUUAGAUUAUGGAAAGAGUUUAGUAAUAGUGAAUGGGGAUGUAUUUAGAUUUUAGAAGGUAAUAGUUUUUGUAUCAAUUGUGUUAUCAUGAACUAAUAUGAAGAUUAAAUCUUAUCUAGUAGAGAUGAUAAUAAAAUAAAAGUUUGGAUGUAAGUAUCUUUACUUUCAUCAUAAUAACCACAAUCGAAAUGCUAUUAAACUCUAUAAGAUCAUAAAAAGGAUGUUUAUUCUUUGAGUUUAAAUUAAGCUAGUACUAUGUUAGUAUCUGGUUCUUAUGAUAAAACUAUUAUUAUUUAUGAUAUGGAUGACUAAUAAUAAUGGAAACUCAAAUAAGUGAUAUAGAAUGAUUAUGAAAAUUGGUACAUUCAGUAUGUGUAAUUAAUGAUAAAUUGA